AUGAUGAUUGCUAUUUCGAGACGUGCUAAAAUAUUUAUUUUAUUUGGACUUGCUAUUCUAAUUUCUGCUCCGGUAGUUUUAUGGAUUUACAAGCCAUGGUCAAGCACCAACCAUGAAAAACCUGCUAUUAAUAAUGAUACCAAAAAACUUAAUGAAGAUAAAGCUUUUAAGAUAUUAAACCUGGCUGGCAUAAAGAAUAAUAUGAAGUCACAAUACCAGGAUGGUUCAGAUUAUAAAUUAUAUGAAAAUGAUUUUAAAAUUAAAGAUAAAGCUCUAAUCAAUACAUUUGAAGAUCUAAAUCAGGAACUCUACUUACGACAAAUUUGUGUUGUAGGGAUCAAACUAUUGCGCAAUUAUUUACUUGAUCCAAAAAAAACUGAUUAUUUAAAAGCAACCAAUAACAUUCUAGAUCAUGUUUUGAAGAAAACUAACAGUAUAAAAGCGGGUAAAACUUUUGCAACUGAUGAUGAAUGGAAACUAUAUAUCGUCGAUAUCCCCCAUUUAAUGGCCAUGUAUGAUUUAAUUGCCGAAGACGAUAGUUCUAAUUCUACUAGGUUAACUCAAUGCUAUGAAUAUAUUACGAAAGUUAUAAACUCUAACAUGGAACCAAUCUACCCCAGUCCUACUCCAUCUAAGACUGAUUUUAUAAAAAUUGGUACACCUUAUUUGCUAACAAAUUACAAACGAUCACUUAAAGAUGAGACCUGUAAAAAAUUAUACGAAGAAGCUAAAAAAAAUAAGAAUUUAAUGUUAUUAAAUAAGUAUUUAUUGAAUGACACUAGUGAAGAAGUAAAGAAUAAGUAUGGCGUCUUACAUGAAGAUCGUGGCACCAUGUUAGAAAUUAAAAAGAAUGAACUCUCUAAGUGCAAAAAAUUAAUGACUGAUGCGACCCUUACAUAUAAAGACUUGUACGUUGCGGUUUAUGAAAUCCUUGAUGUUCCUGGAAAUUUACAUAGAUCAUCGGAGAUACUUUCGUUAGAAGUAGUUCUAGCAACUUCCGACAAACUCCAUACUUAA